AUGGUCCAAACAAAAGGUGUGAAUGACAUUCAGGUUUCCUCUUCCAACAAGGUUUUAGAAACUAGAAUUGAAGAGCUUACUUCUUUAGUGAAACAAAUGGCAGUGAGUAAACCUCAAACAACAAAGUUGUGUGGUAUUUGUACUUCUACUGAACAUCCAACUGACACAUGUCCUAUUCUUCAAGAUGAGUCAGUCACUCAAUUGCCUCAAGCAUAUGCAGCUAACCUUUUUAACCAAAGCAACAAUCAGAGAGGGUACAACAUUCUUGACUUGUCCACCAACAAAUAUCAUCCCAAUUGGAGGAACCAUCCAAACCUUCGAUAUGGAAACCAGCAGCCCACCCAACAACAAUUAGUCAUACCCCUGCCACAACCACAGACCACUUCCCAAGUCUCCACCUAUGCACCUUCCGGACCUUCGUUGGAGGAUCUUGUCAAACAAAUGGUUGUUAACAAUCUCCAAUUUCAGCAACGAACAGAUUCCAAAACUGAACCCUCUGUUGUGGUAGAAACUGAAAAAGAAAAAGAGAAGGAGUAUGUGCCACCAGUUCCCUUCCCACAUAGAAUACUGAAAAAUAAAAGGACUGAUGAUGGAGACAAGGAGAGAGAGAUUUUAGAUGUGUUCAGAAAAGUGGCGGUAAACAUUCCGCUUCUUGAUGUUAUUAAGCAGGUUCCAAAAUAUGCAAAAUUUCUAAAAGACUUAUGCAUAAGUAAGAGAAGGUUGAAGGGCAAUGAGAGAGUAAAUUUGGGACGAAACAUUUCAGCCCUUAUCCAGUCUAAACAUUCACCUGAAAAAGCUACUAUUUCAUCCCUCAAUCAGGCCAUACCCCAAAAGUGCAAGGAUCCAGGAACUUUUGCUAUUCCAUCAUACAUGUUUAAUCAUUCAACUAGCGAACAGAAGUAA